UAAUGUUAUCUUAUCAUGAUUAUAUUGUGCGCAAAAGGAGACGCUCUGUUUGUAUCGCUCUUUGUGACCUUUAUUUUUGUGACAGCCGCACAAUAUGAAAACUACAAUUUCAGAAAUUUUCCCAAAGAGGAGCUCAUUCCGCUCACAGCCGCCUACGGAAAGGCGCUGGACAGUUACGCAGCAGGAAACUGGACGGAAUCGAUCCGCUACUUGGAAUUAAGUCUGCGUCUGCACCGGCUUCUGAAAGACAGCGUGAGGUUCUGUGUGCUCCACUGUGACAGAAGCAAACAGGACGAACCGACCUCCGCGGGAGACACGGAUCUGCGCGUCUACUGGCACGUUCUGAUGAGAGCGUCCUGUCAGAAGAAGUGCAGAGCGCAUUUCCCGGCGCUGCAGCUGCCUCCUCCCGGCAGAGAGGUCCUGGAGGAUUUCAACAGAAGAUCUCCCUACAGAUACCUGCACUUUGCGCACUCAAAGCUGAACGACCUGCAGAGGGCCAUCCCAUGCGCCUACACCUUCCUCCAGAAGAACCCAGAGGACCAGGAGAUGCGCCAGCUGAUGGAGGAGUACAAGAACCAGUACGACCUGAGCGGCUUCCUCAUCGACCACGAAGAACGGCCGUAUGAGGCCUCUUUUCUCAAGGGAGUGAAACUCGUCAGUUCAGGCGACUACAGCAGCAGUGUUGAGCCGCUGGAGGAAACCUUGAGUCUCUACCUGGAGGAGUUCGACCUCUGUCAGGCCGACUGUGAGGAGAUCAGUCAACUUUUAGCAGACAGAGACUUCUACGCAGUCAUAGCAGGUUAGUACCGAGUCUUUGACAGCGACUACAGUGUAAGCAGACACACAGGCAACACAAAAAGUAUGCAUGAGACACUGA